UCCAGCAUCACACUGUGAUGGAUAUGAGCCAACGCAAAGCGCUGGCCAAACUAGCAUUUGAUAAGUGGAAACUAAAGAUUGAGGAGAAUCGUAAAAAAGGCGGGAAGCGGCAACAGAAGCAGACGAGAGAACCCAUGGAAUCCAAAAAUGAGUCUCUGCCGCCUCAGAUGAGCGAGGAGGAGGACGAAAACGUGUCAGACAAGGAGGAUGGCAAUCGCAGGUUUGAAGCGAGAACUGAACCUCGUAUCAAGAACUCAGAAAGCAUUAAGGGACGGCGAGCCAUCUUCUACCGAAAUGGCGAUCCAAACUUCAAAGGGAGGCGGGUGAACGUGAACCGGAAGUCACACCAGACCCUGAACAUUCUCAUGACGGAUCUGAAUUCCAUGAUCGAGACGCCCUCUGGUGUGGAGUAUAUAUUUUCCUGGCCGGAAGGGAAGCUAAUCGAGUCCGUUACGGAGAUUCAAGAUCAGCAGGCGUACAUCGUGUCAUCCGUUAGGAAGCUCAAUCGUGACGUCAAAUACGGAAAAUCCCGAGAGCAGUACUGGCAGACGGGGAAGCCGAAGCACGAUGACGUCAAACUGAUCAAAGGCGCCGGCGGCAUGCAGAAUGGCUCGCCGAACUACAAGAAGCCCCGAGUUUUCACGAUCGUCAGCAACAUGCACCGAAACAGCUGGGAGAAGGUGAUACUCAACCCGGACACGAAGCAGAACUUCGAGGACAUUAUGGCGGACAUUGCCGACAUGAUAUACAUACCGGAGCCGCCACUGAGAGCCCUGUAUCAGAUGGGAAAGACCUUGCCCUUUCGCCCGAUCGAGAGUUUAACGACCCUGUUCAGAGAGUGUAAGGACGGCGAUACGUUGUUGGCGUGUGGCGAGGAGAAAAUUCCGAAUGAGAUGCAGCCUAAACGACCAGCCCCGAGUAGCCAUUCGAGUGAUUCCGGAACUGGCGGCACCAGCCGAAAAAGACCGAUGAAAAAACUACAGUUGGAGUCGAGCCAAUCCUCACGGGGUGAAGUGUCACAGAUAUUUGACGUGUCUCCCACGCGUAACUUACGAGUCGGCUCGCAACUUGUUUCACGCAAGAGCUGGAACGACGCGUGCGUACGAGUGAAAAUAAAUGGCAAAUUUAAAGAGUUCUACCCGCCCACUGUGACGUAUUAUGAGGAGGAUGGUGGUAAACCUGACAAGUCUCUCAAGUUAGACUGGGUUUAUGGCUAUAACGGAAAUGAUCCGCGGAGCGCUCUACUGGUUCUGCCCGACACGGGUGAACUUGUGUACUACGUCAGCUGUGUUGCCGUCUUGUACGACAGAACCUCGGCCACCCAGCGUUACUACCUGGGCCACACAGAAGAGAUCACGUGCAUGGUUCUCUUACCAGACGGAGAAAAAAUAGCGACAGGGCAACAGUCUGGGAAAACUGCCGCUGAAGACGCACAUGUCCGGAUCUGGGACGGUCAUUCUCUGAGCACGUACUUUGUGAUUGGACUGGGAGCCUUCAGUCAGGGAGUUCUCUCCAUCGCCUUCUCUCCAGACAUGGAGAAUGACCUGAUGUUGGUGGUCGACGACAGCGACAAACACGUCCUCAGCGUCUGGCAGUACAAGACGGAGAAGUGCCUGGCGCAGACAGGGACGACCGGCGACCCGGUAAUGCAGGGCUGUUUCUACCCGUUUGACGACACCAUCAUCAUCACGUACGGAAAGGGUCACCUCUUCUUCUGGAAGCUCGACUGGGACAAGUACAAGAUCUGGAGGGACAAGAAGAGCGGAUUGACGGAGCUUCUGAGUUCAAUCAAAAAGGAGGACAUGCCCAAACAGGUCCAGGUGACCGCCCUGACGUUCACGUCCACCGGGGAGGUGGUGAUCGGCGACUCCACCGGAAGUAUCACGGUCUGGCAGCGAGACGAGAAGGACAUCUUCUCCGUGGAUUCGGACUACAGCUUCAUGAAGAAAGCGCACAAGAGAAGUGUGAAUGCCCUGUGCGUUUUGGAAGACGGAACAUUGCUGUCAGGAGGAGGUAACACAGUUCGUGCUUGGGACACCAUGAACCGGUUCAAACGCGUCAAGGAAAGACAGAUUCCUGAGAUGUAUGGACACGUGCGUUCAAUAGUGCCUCAGAUUAGCGGCGGCUACGAUGGUGGACUGUUCAUAGGAACAACCCGGAGUCAUGUUCUGGAGGGCUCUCUGCAGACAAAUUUCUCAUACUUAGUCCAGGGCCACAGUGAAGAGUUGUGGGCUAUAGCUACGAGCCCAACUGAGCCCGUCUUCGUCACAGCCGGACACGACCAGUUUGUGGUCAAGUGGUCAGCGGUGUCGCAUCAUGCCAUUUGGAAGGUCCAAGUUGAGAGACCGUGUGUUUCUAUUGCCAUUGAACCGAAAGGCCGCUUGGUGGCGCUUGGAACAACAGCCGGGCGAUUGAUCAUCCUAAACGCCAAGAACGGAUCCCACUUGCAGACCAUACAGGCUGGACAAGUUCAGAUCAACGCCAUUAGCUUCUCACAAGACGGACAGUCUGUUGCCCUUGGUGACCAUGACGGCUACAUCUACUUGUUCUCUGCCGGUGAUGACGGUCAUAUCUACGCCACACACUCCUCGCUGCUGGUGCACAACGUACGCGACAACUUCAUCACCCAGUUGGACUGGUCAAACGACGGCACCUACAUCCAGGCGGUCACCGGUGACUACGACAUCGUCUUUUUUGACGUAGAGAAACUACAGAAAGUUCGGUUCCCAAAAGUUAUACGUGACGUCGACUGGUACACACAGACAUGUACCGUGGGAUACCCACUUGCUGGAGCGUGGCAGAGUCUGAAAGGCGGGGAGGUCAUCAACGUCGCCACACGCUCCAACUACCGCGACUUCAUCGCCACGGGAGACAACAAAGGACGACUACGACUGUACAAGUUCCCCUGUUCUGCUAACAAGCCGGAAUUUCACAACAAGAAGGCGUACUCGACCAAUGUCACCGCUGUAGCCUUCACCUGUGAUGACAGUCACAUGAUCUCGAGCGGAGGUCAAGGCACGGGCGAUACGGCCCUGUUUCAGUGGGCACUGGUCAACCCCUCUAUACAGAGAUAGACUCAAAGUUAACCCUUUCGUCGGCAAGUCUACAGAGACAGCGCUUAACAAAUCAAAAUGUGUUUUUGUUUUUUUUCUUCUUCAAAAACUUUAUUGGACUGGUCCAUAUCAUUUCUAGUGUUUAUAUGUCACCUAUUGCAGAAUGCUCCGUUGAGAGCUGACAUGUGAUGAAUUAUAAUAUGGCGUUAUAAAUAACUUGUUAGAUGCUGGUUAUUGAUCGGUGAAGUGUAAAUAAUUACGUCACCUGUUACAGAAACCUUUCUAGAGUGACGUCAUGACAUGGAGUUAUAAAUAACCUUCGUUAGCUGUUGAGCAUUGGUUAUUAUGGUAUGCAAAUGAGGUCAAGUCAGCUAUACAGAAGCAUGGUAAAAUUCUGAACUUUAUUAUUAACUCAAUGAAAUAUUAGGCAAUAUCAACGAAUUAUGACCGAUAUUAGUCACUAGUAAAAAUAUGUAUACAAAUUAUAAACAUAAUUAUAUUUAUUUUAAAUCAAAGAAAGAUAAUUAAAUUACUGCCCAUUAAUAUAACUGUAACUAUACAUGUUAAGAUACAGAUAUAAUACACAUGUUUAUUCAUUAACUAAAUGUAGAUAUUGCCAGACCGUGUAAUAGGUGACUGUAUGUUUAAUCGUCUUGUUAUACUCUGUCACAGUUAAUUAAUGUAAUUGUGCCUUUAUAGAUAUGUCAGUGCCUUUUUUCUAUUGAUAUCUGCUUUUAGUUUUAACAUUGAUUGACAUUGAUUUAAACAAAACAAACUUGUUGUCUCUGUGUUGUCUAUAUUCGAAUUUCUUCUACUGCAGCUACAUGUAUAUAUAUACUAUAAACAUUAUAUCUCACAUUUUAAAUGGUUGUUUUAUAUAUAUAUAUAUAUAUAUAUAUAUAUAUAUAUAUAUAUAUAUAUAUAUAUAUAUAUAUAUAUAUAUAUGUAUAUAAACCAUUUUAGGAUUACAAAAUAUCUUAUUAUGGUGGGUUUUGGUGGCACAGUCUGAUGAUCGACAUACUUUUUCCUUAUAAAAAAGAAAUGUUGUUCCAGGCAUGGUAUUUCUGAUGAUAUACCUAUAUUUGAUAUUAAGUAUAAUAAAAACAAAUUAUAAGCCACUGGGAUCUUAUGAAAUAGACAAAUUGUGGAUAAAAUUAAUGUUUCAACAAUCAACGAGUAAAUACGCCUUGUAUUCCCUUCAACAUGCAAAUGCUGGUAUCCGUUGCACAACUCUUAACAGGAAAAUAUAGGUGUAUUAAGCAAUUUGUCUAAAUAGGUUAUCGGUAUAUAUAUAUAUAUAUAUAUAUAUAUAUAUAUAUAUAUAUAUAUAUAUAUAUAUAUAUAUAUAUGCUUGGGCAUCUUUGAAGAUUUAUUCAUUGAGUUCACGCAAAGGGAGCAAUUUGGUCUCACACGUGGUAUUUUAACGGGGUGGGGGUUGGAAAUGGAGCAUCUCUAGGCCCAACAUUUGGGGUAACAAUAAUGUAUUUAAAACUAUAUAAUUGUAUUAUAUUUUUACAAUCGCUGUUUGUUUUUAUUACCUGCUAAUCCACCGUCAGUACGUUUCGUCUUGAUAUGGCCUAUCGUUGACCUUGCAUUUCAUUUUCUUGAAUUAUUUAAAAAUUAUUUUUUUAUUAUUAUUAUUAUUAUUUAUUUAUUUAUUUAUUUAUUUAUUAUUUAAUAUAAAUAUAAAUACUACUUUUGGUAGAUGGUAUAAAUAAUUAAUAUUUCAGUAAAUUUUAUUUUUAUACAUCAGUGUUUAUAAAGUCUGUUGUAAGACCUCUCAUACACAUUCAUGUUGUUUGUCACAUAUUGCACAUUUUAAUUAUGUGUUGCUUACAUGAUGUGGCACGGCCUGUUUAAUAUAUGUAUCAGUGACACACUGGGUAGAAUGUGUUCUGAUCACAGUUGAAAAUUGCAACAUUUUUCAUUUGUUUUAAAUUGUAUAAAAUUAUUGAUAGGUGGGUUUUUUUCUUAAAGUUUAAAACACGAUUUUUCAAAAGUUAGUCAUCAUGAUUUGUAAAUGUUGGCCAUCUUGAUUUUUUCAAUUUUAGGUCAUCAUGAUUUUCGAAUGUUGAUUAUCAUUACUUUCAAAUGUUAGCCAUAAUUAUUUUUGAAUUUUGGUCUAUCAUAAUUUUUCAAUUUGGCUAUCAUGAUUUUCAAAUGUUGGCCAUCAUGUUUGUGUUAGAGGGAUUUCUUAUUACUAAGAUUUUCGAAGUGUUGGUCAUUAUGAUUUUCAAGUCUUGGCCAUCGUGAUUUUUCAAAUGUUGGCCACCAUAAGUUUCAAAUUUUGGACAUCACAAUUUUUCAAUUUGGCUAUCAUGAUUUUCAAAUGUUGGUCAUCAUAAAUUUCCAAUUUGGAUAUCAUGAUUUUUCAAUUUGGCCAUCAUUUUUUUUUAAUUUUCUAAUGUUGGCCAUAAUGAUUUUCAAGUCUUGGCCAUCGUGAUUUUUCAGUUUUGGGUUGGGUCAUCAUUUUUUUUUCAAAUGUUGAUGAUCAUGUUUUCAGAUGUUGGCCACCAUAAUUUUUCAAUUUGGCCAUCAUGUUUUUCAAAUGUUGGCCAUCAUGCUUUUCCAGUUUUCGACAUCAGAAUUUUCAAAUGUCAAAUAUAACAAUUUUCAGAUUUUGUCAGUAUUAACACGUAGAGUAUUUGAUUGUUUUUCUCUUUUUUGUUAACUGAUUGUUUGCAGAGUUGAUAUUAAAUAAGGAGCGCAACACAGAUGAGAAACCAUGGUGUAACUCCGUGUGUUGAUAGUUCAAAGCAGUCUGUGAUAUUUUUUCAUUGUCACCUAUUUUUGCAGUGUGUUGUGUGGAGUUCUUUCGUCUGUCACACUUGCCUGUCCAUCCGUCCGUCCAUCACCAUAGUUACGCCACUUAGUUCUAGUAAUCACGAAAUGUCUGUAGUUUAUUGUUUUGAUUAUAGUCCACACACCCGCAAUGAUGGUAUUCAGUAAUUGUUUAUCAUUUAUGUGUUAUAAAUCUCGGUAGAUCAAGUCUCUGGUUGAAAGAAGUGUCUGCGAACUUAAUUCACGCAUUGGCGUCGGAAUGUGACAGCAACUGUAGGUAUGGGUAAUUUUUUGCAUGCUUCCAUCAGAGAACUGUUCAAGCACGCCUGUCGUGGACCCAACCUCUAACAUCGCCAGAGAGUUCUGUUUAAAAAACUGCGAGGGGAUAGGUAUCUAAUAGUUUCGAGUUUCAAGUUGGGAGUUAAUGCAACAUUUUUCGAACUUGGCGGGGAAAAAAAUAUAACGUGUCUGAUUGGCUCAACCAGUAGAUUGGUUACAGUGACUGACAAACUGGUUACAUCAAGUCGUUAUUUAUUCCGUAUGUAGCGUAACAGACUCGUUCAUGUCAUGAACCAAGGAUCCGGCGCAAAUCGACACCUGCGCCCAUGACAGGCGUGCGUUACAACAGCUUGUUCUGAAGGUGCACGUUAAAUCUUUAGAACAGACCUGACCGAACAGAUUCGUUAAUACAGCCACAGGUAUCCCCAAACAAUAACAUCAGAUAUAUUAUAUUUACGUUAUAUAUGUAACUAUAGUAUUUGUAUUAGGGGUUUCUGUUUACGGGUACCUGUGAUACAGCCAUGCGUUCAACAGCAGUGAGCAACGAUAAUGUUCGCAAACAAUUUGAAUGGCUUCUUGGUAUGGUCAUUCGGUGUAAUAACAUGCACUGCAAAAACUAGUCUUUUGUUACUUACACGUUCUGUGUUUGGUUUGUUGGUGUGUUCCACUGGUUUACGAAAUGGAAUGGAGUAGUGAUGGUAGAUUGUGUUAGGAGUGUGUACAUGUUUUCAUUUUCUUAUUAUUAUGCUGGACUCGUGUGUACAUGUUUUCCUAUUUUAAUUUUUUAAUUACAUGUUUUUUUGAUGCUAGGCUCACCGUUAUAAAUGAACUAUGUUUACUAUUAUUAUAAAUGUCAACCUCUUGUUUAAUAUACGUGUGUAAACUAUUUAAAGGUGUGUUUCCCUAUAUGCAAAAUUUUGAAAAUGAACACAUGGAUUUAUCUACUCGAGGGUAAUAUAUGUUGAUAAUAUACUGGGAAAAGUAUAUGCUCCAGAAACAAUAAUACUGAUACGAGUAAACGUAUAAUAUUCAGAUUAAUACUUUUUUUUUAAUUGAGACAUUAAGUAAACAUUUGUCAAUACUCGUUAAAACCACUUGACAUAUUAAGUAUUUCAAUGGAUAACGUUCUUCACCAUAUGUUUGCCAUGGUAGCAACAAGUGCAACUAAAUAGUGAAAAACAAAGACAAGUAUAGAUAAAACCGAAAGUUUGAGCCUCUAAAAUAUUUAACAUUCAAAAUAUUUACAUAGAAAUUUUAAUAAACAUUAAAACCGCAAUUAAUUGAUUUGAAAAAAAAAAAAAUUAUCAUUGUAUGGUUGCCAUGGUAACAAAACUAUUAAAUUAAAACUAGAAAUUAAAAAACAUAACUGACCAAUAAACACAAACAUCGAGGUUUUUAGUCUUUAAAAUAUGUAACAUUAAAAAUAUUUACAUUGAAAUUUGAAUAAACAUUUUCUACUUUUUCAUUAUAAAAAUAUAUAAGAAAUGUUAUGGCUAUAGGCCUACUAUGUGUGUAUUUUGUGUCGUGAAGUAUAGUUCCAGCAAUUAAUGGCAUCUAUUUUGUUGAUUAUACAUAUUCCGUCUUAAUUGAAUGACUAUACAUGUUCCGUCCAACAAUUCUGCAGAUAUUGUUUGUUGUUGUUUUUGACUAUUUAUUUGUACAUUUUCAACAGUUUGAUAGGAUAAAAGCAGGGUCGUAUGGCAGUUGAUCUACUGCAUAGCCUUACAAAAUAUUUCCUGAAAAUAUAUGCCUUUAAUUGUACAGACAAAACAUGUAAUCAAUCGGCUCAUAGUCGUCAUGUUGAUAUACAGUUGAAUAAAGGCUACGUUGACAUAAAUCGUUCAUAUUUCGCUAACGCUAGCUAUAUCAAUUUUUGUUUUACAUCCUGCGUUCAGCGAGCGAGCGAUGCUAACGUUUUGCGAACUAUUUCACUAGUUUCCGAUGUAGUGAUUCAGUUUAACUUGAAGCGCAUGGAUCAGACAGACGGAUAGCUUAUUAAAGUCUCACCUCAUUACAACAGAAUCAAAUUUGGCAUAUACAUAAAAGAAAUAUAAAUUAUAAAAUUGUACACGCUAUACUGAGUUAUGAGAGACUAUUCCGAAUAAUUUCGCUAAAAGUAUCUAAAAGACAAAUGAAGUAAACAAUCCAAAAUAGCGAACGUUAUUGCGCUCUGUCUGGUUGAACGCAACCUCGAUUAUGUUAUUAACGUAAUCGGUGCGAGUUCGUCGUUAGUGGAUCAGUUGCCAUGCAGUCCUGCCUGUAACGUUAUUUGUUAUUUAUUUGUUUCUACGCUCAUCAACAUUGGCUAUCUUUGUUAUGACAUUUGAAAUUAAAAUGGGUUGCAAUA